AUGACCCUCAUGUGCUACGACAAACCUGCGACAUUGGUCUUGAUCUUUCCGCUUCUAGUCAUCCAGGUCGUCCUGGUACUAGCCAACCCUACCGCGCAACAUGAUCAUGUUGCGUCGAUACUGGCCAAAACCAACCGGACUGUACCAGAAUAUGCGACACGCUUUGCACCACUCGUGUGGCUUCACUCCGAAGACCCAUUUCGACCGUCAGACAUUUUCGAGCAUAUCCGCCACACAACCCCAUCGAUCGACCAAAAGCCCAUCCCAGACCUACCAAAGCUUGACAUGGAUAAUCUGGCUCUACUCAACGAUGUCAGUGAUGAAGAAGUCGCGUUGACUUCUAACGACGAUAUCACGACAAUGCCUCAUUGGCUCUUUGGGAGCACGCCGGAUGAAACAGGUCGAAUCUCAAACGCGACGGCUUGCGCUGUAAUCCUUGUCGAGAGAGAUGCCCGAAAUGUUGACGUCUUUUAUUUUUACUUCUAUUCUUUUGAUAGGGGUGCCAACCUCACCCAAGUAUUGGAUCCGUUGGGCAGCCUAGUGGAUGAUACUGACGGAAUGCAUUACGGGAAUCAUGUUGGCGACUGGGAGCAUAACAUGAUCCGAUUUCGAGAUGGGAAUCCCGUUGGAAUUUAUUACAGCCAGCACUCUGAUGGAUCUGCGUACGAUUGGGGCGACGGUGCCCUCUCGAUGACUGAUGGACGACCUCUCGUCUAUAGCGCAUAUGGUUCGCAUGCAAAUUACGAAUCUGAAGGUGACCACGUACACGACUAUAUUUUGGUAGACUACUGCGAUGCUGGCGUCCUUUGGGACCCCGUCCAGUCGGCCUACUUUUAUCACAUGGAUGCUACCACCUCGAAGCUGUCGCGCCUAUUUCUUCCCGAUACACCGUUGCCUCUCGAGUCUAACCUUACCUCCUUCUUCUACUAUCUCGGUAUAUGGGGCGACGCCCAGUACCCAAAUGACCACCCAAGUCAGAUCACCGUCCCCAUGUUCGGUUUGAAACGCUUCGUUUCUGGCCCACAAGGCCCGAUUUACAAAGGCCUCGUACGGAAAACGCUUUUCCCAGACGUAGGCGAGCCCAAGCCAGUUAUUUUGUUCUUUAUCCGUAUACUGAUGGCGGUAUACCCAUGUUGCCUUCGUGGAUGGAGGGUUUGGGUCUCUCUGGGAGUCUUCUUAGUAUCUGUAGUGUCGAUGGUCUACGGUACAAGGUACCUGAUUAGACGAUAUAGGACUAAGGGAUAUCAGAAAUUGGGUACAGAUAUCCCGCUUCAUGACCUUGAGUCAAUUGAGACAAUUGUACCGCGCCGCGAGGAAGAAGUUGGUGCAGGCGGCUGA